AUGCCACGUGUUCGGCAACCUGGCGGCGCCGUCCUUGUGCGCGCGUCCACGUCAACAGCUGAAUUUUCCCCUCUUUUCCUGGGAUUUGAUUUUGGCACGUCUGGGGCGCGUGCUGUCGUUAUUGAUGGCAACGCAGCCAUUCUCGCUGACGUCAAGAGGAAGUACCCUCCUGCCGCCCAUGCUGAGUUAGCAGUGGGCGGCACCUCCGACCCGGACGAUGACGUGUCAGCAGCGGAGGGGUGGCGGGCGGCGUUGUUUGGACUGUUGCGCGACAUUCCCGAGGAGUUGAGGCGGCGAGUGGCGGCAGCAUCGCUGGACGGCACGUCCGCCACCACCAUGGUCGUCAGCCGCACCACCCGCGAGCCCACCACCCGCCCCAUGAUGUACAACGAGGCGGGCAGCGCGGAAGCCGUUGCUGCCGUGGCGGCAGUGGCGCCGGCCAAUCACACGACGACAGCUGGCACGUCCACGCUGUGCAAGCUGAUGACGUGGUGGUUGAGGCAGGGGGGGGGAGGUGGGCAGGGGGAGGGGAGUGGGGAGGAGGAGAGACAGGGAAGAGGUGGAGGAGGAGAGGGAGGGGAGGGAGAGGGGGAGGUGGUGAUGGUGCAUCAGGCGGACUGGCUGUUGGGGCAGCUGUGUGGAGCAGCAGCGGACGUGCAUGUCACUGACUUUAACAAUGCGCUUAAGGUAAGAGGGGAUGAUGAGAUAAUGGUGCUGGUGAGUGGGAUGGUGCUGGUGAGUGGGAUGGUGCUGGUGAGUGGGAUGGUGCUGGUGAGUGGGAUGGUGCUGGAAUCGCCUCCCCCAUCUCCUCUCUCUGUCUCCCACACGCCCCACCAGCUGGGCUACGACCCUGAGAGCAGCGCCUACCCGGACAGGCUGGCCUGGGCUACGACCCUGAGAGCAGCGCCUUCCCGGACAGGCUGGCGUGAAUUCUCUCAUAUUCAGGAAUCGCCUCCCCCAUCUCCUCUCUCUGUCUCCCACACGCCCCACCAGCUGGGCUACGACCCUGAGAGCAGCACCUACCCAGACUGGCUGCUUGCGCUGCCCUUCGCGUCCAUGCUGCCACGUGUGCUGCCGCCCGGCUCCCUCAUCGGCACCGUGGGGACACGAAUCACGGCCGAGUUUGCCCUCCCGUCUGACUGCAUCGUCACCACCGGCACCACUGACAGCAUUGCGGCCUUCCUGGCCGCGAGGGUAACUUCUCCUGGGUAUGCGGUCACGUCCCUUGGGUCUACCCUCGCCGUCAAGCUCGUCAGCACCGCGAGAAUCGACGAUGCUCGUUUCGGAGUAUACAGCCACCGCUUGCCGCCCGGGAAUUGGGCGCCGCCGGGGGUGGAGAACGAGGGGGGGACGGAGCAGGGAGGUGCGGCAGAAGAGGACAAGGAGUGCAAGUGGCUGGUCGGCGGGGCGUCGAAUACGGGCGGCGCAGUGCUGCGGGAGCAUUUCACAGACGAGCAGUUGAGGGAGCUGAGUGCAAAAAUAGACCCGAGUGUAGAGAGUAAACUCGAUUACUACCCACUUACGCGCCCUGGAGAGAGGUUCCCUGUGUCCGACCCUGACCUGCAGCCUCGCCUGACUCCUCGCCCUGCUGACGACGCUCUCUUCCUGCACGGCAUUCUCGAGUCCAUUGCCACCAUUGAGGUGCGCCUCUGCUCCCCACUUCCUCGUUCUGUCACUCACUCUAGAAAUCUUCCGUCUCAGUCUCUCUUCCUGCACGGCAUUCUUGAAUCCAUUGCCAUUGAGGUGCGCUUCUGUUCCUGA